UGUUUUGAUUUGACACCUUGAUAAAUGGAGACAGGCGACAAUUGAAAGUACUGCAACAAGUGAAAGCCUUUUACUUAUAUUGUAAGGGAGAAAAGUGAUUGAUAAUGAGUGAAUUAAAGUGAUUAACAACAAUACAUUUAAAAAAAAAAUUUAAAGUACAAUUUACGGCUUCCAAAAUGGCUACUAAAUUCCUGAAAAAACGGGAAGUGGCUAAGCUUGUUACUGAAAACAGGAAGCCUUGUGUUUUCUGCAAUCAGGAUGUGGACGAUGAAGUGAUUUACGGCAAAUUAUACUCUUACGGAGACAUACAAUGUCAUUACUUCUGUGUGCUGUUAUCCUGCUGCCUGGUGCAAAAGGGACGGGACUCAGAAGGCCUGUUUGGUUUCCUGUACAAGGACAUCCUGGCUGAAGUGGAACGGAGCAAGAAACAUAAAUGCUCGUACUGCGGGCGCGGCGGCGCCAGCCUGGGCUGCUCGGUGGCGGCGUGCCGCAAGCAGUUCCAUCUGCCGUGCGGCCGGCAGAAGAAUGCUGUGUCGCUCUUCUAUGGCAAUUAUAAAUCAUUCUGCGAGCUCCACGCUCCGAAGCAGAAGAUAUCAGACGACGUCAUGGCGAAGGCCAAGGAGAGGAUGAAGAUUGAAAAACUGAAGAAAGCGGGAAAGAUACCCGUCAGUGGCGAGGGAAACCAACAGGCCGAGAGCCCGGAAGAUCCGGCCAUGGUAUGUGUGAUCUGCUACGAGCCGGUGCAGGCCCAGCCCACCACGCAGACCUUCUGGCCGCCGUGCUGCGGCCGCGACGCCUGGCUGCACCGCAGCUGCCUCCAGCGAAUGGCACUAAGCGCGGGCAUGCACUACUUGAAGUGCCCGCUGUGCAAUGAUAAGGACAACUUCUAUGAUGCGGUCUGCGAGCAAGGAUAUUAUCUGCCGGAUCGAGAUGCAGCAUGGGAGUUGGAGCAGAACGCAUUCGCAGAGAUAUACAAUCGGGAUGCGUCGUGCGCCGCCGCGGAGUGCAAGUGCCCUUUUGGCCGGAGCCAUGACGAGCUCGGCACUUGGGACAUCAAGCUGUGCCUGCUGUGCGGCAGCUGGGGGCUGCACGCGGGCUGCGGCGGCGGCCAGCGCGCCGUGUGCGCCGCGUGCCGCCCCGCCGCCACCGACAUGGACGAGCUGGAGACCAGGCUCGCCUCGGGUAACGUGGCAGCAUGUGGCACAUACAGCUCUGUGCCUGCUGGAGGCAGCUGGGGGCUGCACGCGGGCUGCGGCGGCGGCCAGCGCGCCGUGUGCGUCGCGUGCCGCCCCGCCGCCACCGACAUGGACGAGCUGGAGACCAGGCUCGCCUCGGCUGUGCCUGCUGGAGGCAGCUGGGGGCUGCACGCGGGCUGCGGCGGCGGCCAGCGCGCCGUGUGCGCCGCGUGCCGCCCCGCCGCCACCGACAUGGACGAGCUGGAGACCAGGCUCGCCUCGGUAAUAAUGGCGGAGCAGGCGCGGGAGCAGGAGCGCACGCGCAGCGGGCCCGUCAUGCCGAGCCGCAUGUCCCUGCGCCGCACCAAGGGCCGGCUGCAGCCACACAGUGCUUCAAGUUCAUCACAAAUUUUGCCGACUCACGAAACUCAAAUCAAGACUGAAUCACAUCCCACCGACCGUCUCGAGCUAAACCUGAAGACGCCUCGCCGCCCCAAGCUCCUCACGCCCGGCCUCUUGGAGCUGGAGGCCCGGCUCCUCUCCCCCGCCGAGCUGCUGCAGCUCGCGCGCCGGCAGCAGGCCGACGUGCCGCUGCCGGGGGACGUGCUGGACAAGAUCCGGCUGCGCUUCAGCAAGCCCAGACCACUUAGUGUGAAAAAGAAGAUCGUCAAUGACAUCUUAGACGACCUGUUCAAGAAUAUGCUCAAGGAGAACCCUAAGAGCAAAGAUCCGGUCCGGGAGUGGAACUCGCCCAAGAAAUCCUGUGACAUCACAACUGUCAUGAACGAAGCAGUAAAGGAAUUUAUGGAGCCAACUCUUAACACAAAUAAAGAGGUUCAAGAAAAUACAGAAGAAAAGUCCAUGGAAGUUGAUAAAGAAAAUGAUAAAAAAGAACAUGAACAUGACAGAGACAACUUAGGAGAAGAAAAAUCUGAUAUAGUUGAUGGAAACUCAAGUGACAAAGAGAAUAAUAUAAAUCAGAACAAUGGAAAUGAUAAUGUUAAAAGCGAUGACGAAUCGUCAUCAAGCACCUUCCAAUUGGCUCCAGAAUUUAUAGCUGACAGCGAUGACGGCUUGCCUAUCAUUGACACACCGAAAAAACUCAAAAUGGUCGAUAUUAAACAAGACUCCAUUGAAAUAUCUAAGAAAGAUGAGAUUGUUAACGUGGACGUAAUGCAAGUUGACAGCGGGAGAGAAAAUGAGUUCGUAAAAAACUUAGAUUUGAAGGGUUCUGUUAAGAAUAAAAUGUUUUCUUUUAAAUUUAGUCCGUUGGACAAGGAGCCUUUAAAAACUGAUGUUGAUAUGGAUGUUGAGAGUUUUAAAGAUCAGUACCUGAAUGAGGUAGAUAGGGACAAAUGUGUUAAGAAAAAUGAAAGAAAGAAAGAAGUUGAUUCGACUGACAAAAAGUGUAAGAAAAGAAAAUUAGAAAUGAAAGAAGAAGUCCGUAAGAAACGAAAGAAAGACAGUAAGAAACGCAAGAAAAUUAAACUGAAAAUUAAAGCUAUAGAUCCUGAAAAAGCGGGAAAAAAGAGAACCAAAAAAAUUAAGAAAAUUAAAGAACACAAGAAAAUAAUAAGAGAUAAUGUAAGCAUCAAAAUAAGACUUAAAGAUGGAAAUAGCAAAACUAAGAAAUUGAAGAAGAUACAGAAAGUAAAGAGUUACAAGCAAUACGUGUUGAAAUAUUCGCCUUUACUGAGCAGUAAUAUAGCCAAGCCAGAAAUCGAUGUUACGCCAAUGAAGAGGAAAUAUACGAAGAUAGAGAAGUCACCAUCGGACAAGCUAGUUCAGACUUCUAUACAGAGUUUCUUUAAAGCGAAAUAGACUCCGACUACGCUAAGUUUGCAGUGAUUUGGCAGUGACAAUAUCAUAUGGUUUGUACGCCUUUAUGCCUGAGGACCCGCAAGAAAUCGCCUUUUCAGUCCUCAUUUUCCCCUGUGGAUGUUAACAUUAUUGAAAAUAUUUUGAUACAAUUUGUUGUAUAUCAACCACAGCUAGAAUAGCAUAAGAUUAGAAGCAUUUUUUUUAUGAAAUCUGUUUUUUUGCUCCUAAUUUAUAUAAUAAUAAAAAAAAACGAAAAAAAGUCAAACUUCCCCUACGUCAUAGCUAUGGUUAUCAUACAUCAAAUCAAAUUAUUUGUAAAUAUUUUCAAGAAUGUGAAUAUCCAGAGAGGAAAAUGGGGACUACGUUUUUUAUAGAGAAUUGGCCGUCCUCUUUCCCUUAAAUACCGACAACUUGCUUACAUUAAGGCAAUUCCUCUGCUCUUAUGAAAUUGUUGAAGAAGUUUCCAUCAACCGCGCGUUGUACCGGGAUUUUGCCACGGCUCAUGGGCGCCUGGGGUCCGUUUGGCAACCUUGAAUUGGCGUAGGCACUAGUUUUUACGAAAACGUCUGGUGACCUUCCAACCCAAAGCGUAAACUAGGCCUUAUUGGGAUUAGUCCGGUUUCCUUACGUUGUUUUCCUUUAUCGAAAAGCGACUGGUAAAUAUCGAAUGAUAUUUCGUACAUCCGAAAAACUCAUUGGUACGAGCCGGGGUUUGAACCUGCGACCUCCGGAUUGCAAGUCACACGCUCUCACCGCUAGGACACCAGCGCUUCCAAGACGUUUUCUAGAAUUUUUACAAAUAUAUUUGUAUACCAAUAUUGUCUCCCAAUAUUCAAAAAAUCACCUAUGUGCCUAGAUAUAUUAUACAAUUACACAAUUUUAAAUAUACAACACAAUAGUGUGUAGUUUUUAUUGACAUUUUAAUUAACUAGUUCUAACAUGAUAUCUGAUGUGAGUUGUGAUUCUCAUAUAUCAAUGUGGUAAAGACCGUCUAUAAGGGAAGACCGUCUACAGGCUCUUUCGUCGCCGUUAACGCUUGUGUUUGUACACAUACCAUACCACAGAAUACAUAAUAGUACUACUGUACAGAAAUGACACUUCCUACAUAACCGAACUUUGACAGCGAUUCAGGGUCGAAUCAUGUUGUCUCUUUCUACUGUAUGGCCCUUUUGGCUAUUUAGGGUUGUCAAAAUUCAAGUCAUUAUCUUAUGUGGUUGUGCACGCAAAAGAACGUCAAGUUGUGCCAACUCUAAUGUAAUGCUGAGCCGAAUGGAGCCGAGAAUGCCCGAAAGGAUCAGUGUCGCUGUCGCCCCAUACCAUACAUACAGUGUCCUACCAUACUCCACUGCAGAAGGUGGGUAGAGCAGGAGUAAAGCACUUCCUUUCCGACUGUAUCCAAGCGACGUAUGUAUGUAUACGAGAGUUGUUCUAUGACGGACUUACUAGCAAUACAUUUUAUACACGGUGUAACAAGGGGAAACCGAAAGAUUAUAACAGUGUAUUCCUGGUCCAUUUAGAGACUAAAAUGUCAUAUAGAAUUGUCUGGAUUUCGCCUAGUGUCAGAGUUAAUACCAAUUAAUAAAAAUCUUAUUGUAACUUACUGCAAAAUGCCUUUUUGAUGGCGAUGACGCCAUUAUAGGGCGUAGUUUAAAUAUCCUUUUUGAUAGAUGUAAAAAAUUGUCAUAACUAGGUUUUGAUAAAAAUAAAUCGUAAAAAUUCAUUUUCAGUGCUAAUUUUACCAUAACGUUAAUUUUAUUAUGUACAAAUUCAAAAAAAAAAAAAAAAUUUCGGUGAAAUAUACUUAAACUCAUAUUUUUUCUUCUUUUGGCCUCGGAAGUGCGUGGUUAUAAUCUUUCGGGUUCCUCGUGUUACACCAUGUAUGUCGGUCUUCUCCACAUCGAUCUUAGCCCAUUUCUUGAUGAUGACUUAAAAUAUCCAAAACUAUAUUAAGCUAAGUUAGAUUUGAAAAAUAAGUAGUUAGUAUUACAGUGUAUCUUAAUUUUUUAUAUAUCUUGAGUAUGCCUAAUUAUAAGAUAUUUAUAUGGUUGUUAAUGUGUUCCAUCUUCAUGAAUAUGGAUAUAAGUGUAUUAUGGUUAAAACUAUUAAAUUUUCUUUUGACCCAA